UUGGGUAGGUAGGGCCUUGGGUUUUUAGGGCCGCACUAUAGAUGAUUUUUGUCUUGAGUUGGGUCGGUCCGUCUGCACGCGAUCAAAGAUCCCGACGAUAACAGACCAUUGACCACUUGCUGUGCUGCCAUUUAUAGGAAUGGCAAAAAACUUUGAAUUGGCAGUCUAGUGAUAUUAGAGCUCAAUGGGCAUCAUUGAUGCACUUCAUCGCGAGUCUGAUUAGCUAAGAGCACAAACUUAAGCACCACCCUUUAUUCUCCUGCUUGCAAUGGAUAUCAGUUCUAGACAUGUUGGAUUCAUUGGUGCUGGAAACAUGGCCAAAGCCAUUGGGAAGGGAAUCAUCCAAGCAGGUUUAUUGGAUGCCUCUCAUGUGCAUGCCAGUGCUCCCAGCCAGACGAACCUGAAGGACUGGGCCUCUUGGGGCGCCGUCACCACUACGGACAACUGCGAGAUCCUGGAGCAGUGCGACGUCGUCUUCUUGGCCGUGAAGCCGCACUUGCUGGAGCGCUCGCUGGAGCAGCUGAGCGGCAGGAUGUCGGCCGAGCAAAAGGACAACAUCCGCACGGCCAAGAAGUUCUUUGUGUCGGUGAUCGCCGGCCUGAAGCUGGACAGGGUGACUGAGGUGCUGGAGAAGCAGCUGGACGUCAGCCCGGCCUACGUCAUCCGCACCAUGCCCAGCACUCCCUGUAUGGUCGGAGAGGGGAUCUGCGCCUACUGCGUUCCAUCCAACAAGCGCGAGCUUCCCGAGUACUCGGAGGUGGUGGAGCGCAUCUACUCGGCGGUGGGACGGUGCAAAAAGAUGGACGAGAUGCACAUUGACGCCGUCGGCGGCGCGUUCGGCAGCGGCACGGCUUUUGUGUUCACGUUCAUUGACGCGAUGGCCAGUGGAGCGGUGAAGAUGGGACUUCCCUGGGCCACUGCCCGGGAACUGGCCGCACAAACGGUGCUAGGCGCCGGUAAGAUGGUGCUGGAGACAGGCCGCCACCCGUGCCAGCUGAGGGACGAGGUGUCCUCACCGGGCGGAGCCACGAUCGCCGGCCUCCACAAACUGGAGGAUAGCGGUCACAGGUCGGGUGUGAUGUCAGCCAUAGAAGCGGCUGUGAUGCGGAGCAAGGAGCUCGGCAAUAACUGAAGGCUGUGACCGAGUAGCAUGCCAAGAUCUUCCGUGGGAACAUCGUCGACAUGCAUUCCACUCAAAGUACGCGAUUAGGAGACGUAGGGGUAUUUUGUGAAAUUUUAUAACGGGGCCAUUAAAGUGGAUCUGCGGAUUCGUGGGUCAUUUUUGUUGUUAUUAUCCUUUUGAUACCUUACCAACGGCCAGACUUGUUUGUGUUUAUACAUAUUCUAGAUUUUUAUAGAACCUUAUGAGCAAUUUUUUUCCCAGACGCAUCCUGUUCUUUCGGGUAUUUGAUUUGAUUGUGUACAGAUGUCACAUUGAUGCAAUAUACGCAUGAAGCACA